AGAGGGGGAGAGAGAAGGAAACUGGGCAGCUUCUCGUCUUUCCCUCGGCGUCCUCAUGCCUCGGCAGUGCCCCAGCGCCUUCCCUUCGCCCCGGGCGCAGUAGCCAUGGCCGCGGUGGCUGUCCUCCGGAACGACUCCCUCCAGGCUUUCCUCCAGGACCGCACCCCCAGCGCCUCCCCAGACUUGGCCAAGCAUUCGCCCCUGGCUCUUCUGGCAGCUACUUGUAGCCGGAUCGGGCAGCCGGGCGCAGCGCCCUCGGAUUUCCUGCCAGUCUCCUACGACCCGACGCUGGGAUCCCCCUCUAGGAUCUUCCACCCGUGGAGCGGCGAGAUGCCAGCGCACUCCCCGGGAGGGCUGCCGCCGCCGCAUCCCAGCUUGGGGUUGACCCCUCAGAAGAAUCACCUGCAACCCUCCUUCGGGGGUUCUCACGAACUGCCCCUCACUCCCCCGGCGGACCCCUCCUAUCCCUACGAGUUCUCCCCCGUCAAGAUGUUGCCCUCCUCCAUGGCCGCCCUGCCGUCCAGCUGCCCGCCCGCCUACGUGCCCUACGCCGCCCAGGCAGCCCUGCCGCCCGGGUACUCCAACCUGCUUCCGCCCGCCCAGCCCUGCCGGCAGCUGUCGCCCAACCCGCCGCCCGAGGACAUCCCCUGGUGGAGCAUCCAGCAGGCCAGCGCCCCGGGAGGCUGCGGCCACCGCUUCCCCGCGGCAGCGGCGCUGCCGCGGAGCCUUGUGCUGGGGCACUCGGACUUCGCUCAGUACCAGACGCAGAUCGCCGCCCUGCUGCAGACCAAGUCUCCCCUGGCGGCCACGGCCAGGAGGUGCCGCCGCUGCCGCUGCCCCAACUGCCAGUCGGCCGCGGGCAGCGCCCCUGAGACAGAGCCGGGCAAGAAGAAGCAGCACAUCUGCCAUAUCCCCGGCUGCGGCAAGGUGUACGGCAAGACCUCGCACCUGAAGGCGCACCUGCGCUGGCACACGGGCGAGCGGCCCUUCGUCUGCAACUGGCUCUUCUGCGGGAAGAGCUUCACCCGCUCCGACGAGCUGCAACGGCACCUGCGGACUCACACGGGCGAGAAGCGCUUCGUCUGCCCCGAGUGCGGGAAGCGCUUCAUGCGCAGCGACCACCUGGCCAAGCACGUCAAGACCCAUCAGAACAAGAAGCUGAAGGCGGUGGCGGACGGCGUCAAGCGGGAGGACAGCCGCGACCUGUGA